UCCAGAUCCAUCCACCUCAACUACAGCAUUUUCCAGUAAUUCGUGUAUAAGAGCUGCAAGAAUAUGGUUCAAAGCAAAUGGAUUUUGAUCGGAGCCAUCCUCCUCGUCGCCUCCUGCUUGAUGCAGUGCUCUGGUCAGGUGACCUUCUCCACCGACUGGAGACCAGGCGGCAAAAGGGCCUUCCAAUCUCAAGAAAUCAGGGCCGCACUGAAGUCCGCCUCUGCUCUCUACAAACUUUUGGUCAAUCAGAUUAGAAUUUUGGCAGAGACCGAAAACUGUCAGACUGCAGGUCAGGACUUCGGCCCACUCCAACUCCUCAACGACAACAGGAAAUAAAGAGAUGAAUCGAAUCGCAGUUUAAAAACAUAUAUAUGAUUUAAUCCAUUUCGACAUGUAGACAUAAAUAUGAUUUAGAUG